CUCGAUUUAGUGCCUCUGCUGGGGUCCGACCACUAGCAUGGUCCAAUUGCCUGCCUCUACCCACUAGCCUCUGGCCUCUAGCCCGCCUGCCCGUAGCCCGGGGUGAGCUUUUGCAGUGCAUGUCCAAGUCCAGGUCUAAAUGCCUUUUGCGCCUUAUUCCUGAUAUUUUUCAAGUCUCUACCUCGCUUUGCGCAACAUCUCUACUCUUUUCUUUUCUUUCUCGCCCCCCCGAACAUCUCUCCUGCCUUGGUCAGGCCUAUCUUCGCAUUUUCAAACCAGUCAAGAUGGGUGUCAUAGAUAACGAGGUCCACCGCCUCCACGAUGUCGUGUCCGCUCUGGAGAAGCGUGUCGAGAAGCUCGAGGAGCGCCGAACUGGCGAGACCAAGUCCGCCGACGGCGUGCGCAUGAUCCUCAUCGGUCCCCCUGGUGCCGGCAAGGGAACACAGGCCCCCAAGAUCAAGGAGAAGUUCUCGUGCUGCCACUUGGCCACCGGUGACAUGCUCCGAUCCCAAAUCGCCAAGAAGACCUCGCUCGGCAAGGAGGCCAAGAAGAUCAUGGACGCCGGCGGCCUCGUCAGCGAUGAGAUCGUCAUCGGCAUGAUCAAGGAGGAGCUCGAGACCAACAAGGAGUGCAAGGGCGGAUUCAUCCUCGACGGUUUCCCGCGAACCAUCCCCCAGGCCGAGGCCCUCGACAAGAUGUUGUCCGAGAAGAAGUCGCCUCUCCAGCACGCCGUCGAGCUCCAGAUCGACGACGCCCUCCUCGUCGCCCGUAUCACCGGCCGUCUCGUCCACCCUGCCUCCGGCAGAUCCUACCACACCACCUUCAACCCUCCCAAGGAGUCCAUGAAGGACGAUGUCACCGGCGAGCCUCUGAUCCAGAGAUCCGACGACAACGCCGAUGCGCUCAAGAAGCGCCUCGCUACCUACCACCUGCAGACCAGCCCCGUUGUCGGCUACUACAAGAACACCGGCAUCUGGAAGGGACUCGAUGCCAGCCAAGAGCCCGGUCAGGUCUGGAAGAGCUUGUUGAACAUCUUCGACGCCGACAAGAAGAAGAGCGGCAUCCUCAGCAAGCUGACCGGAAACUAGAGGUUCUGCGAAACCGCAUGGCGAUUUUCAGACCACUUUUGCCUGGACGGAGGAUGCUACAAAUAUGGGGGCUCACUACUGCGGAAUCUGUAUCAUGAAAAUUACAGGGUUCCUUGGACCGAGGCCCUCUAUACGAAUGGAGGCCCCUGUGCUUUGGUGUAUUAGAGAAUUGUACCAUAGAGUUCUUGACCUGGUGGUGUUGUAUGUACAAUGACCAAUAUAGGCUACCAAAAUGAGAUUCUAGACACAAACGUUAGACGAUUG